UUUUCGCCGUGACGUCACGAAAUCACGUGACUUCCGACUGGUUGGCAAGAUAAUUGUUUACAUUGUAAGGCCGAUCAUAAUGAGAUUAACGGUUAAUUACGAUGGUUGUGUCUUGUUGUGUAAUCAACUGUACAACAAGAUUUAAUAAUAGUGACCCAAAAAGCUUUUACCGAGUACCAAAAAAGCCUGACACACGCAGACAACUUUGGAUUUCAGCUAUUAAGCGAGAAGGCCCUGAAGGGAAGCCCUGGGAGCCUGCAGACCAUGAUAGAGUGUGCUAUCGACAUUUCAUAACUGGUCAGAAGAGCAAUGAUAAGACAAAUCCUGACUAUGUCCCAUCCAUCCACAUGGGGGGAUAUGAGGGCACAACCACAAAUGGACAGUUGCGUGCAGCCCGCUUUGAGAGAUUCCAAAAGAGAGAGGCUGAUAAAGAUCAACAAGAGGCAGCAUCAGUACUUCUGGACAUAUCAGAAAACCUUCCACCACCUACAUGUAUAGAGACAACAGAAGAUUUACAUGGUCCAUGCAUCAAGAAAAUAGCAACCCUUCGUAUCGAAAAUGAACUUCUUCAUGCUGAGCUUGGCAGGUUACAAGCAUCAAAUAUUACACUAAGAAAAGAAGUUAAUGACUCAAGGUUUGGUGACCAAGCAAUAUCCAGUGACCGUAGAACACUAUUUUACACAGGUGUGCCUUAUAAAGCCAUUUUCAUGUGGUUAGUUUCAUUUUGUCUGACAAUAUUACCAUCCAGCAAAUUAAUGUCUCCGUCAAACAUUUUAUUGUGUAUUCUAAUGAAGCUGAGACUGAACAUUCAACACCAAGAUAUAGCUUAUCGGUUCAACGUGUCAGUCACUACUGUAUCUGAUAUUUUUAACAAAGGUAUUCCAAAACUUGCUGAAAAACUGUCGUUUCUAGUGCAGUGGCCAGAUAAAGACAAUCUCAUUAAGAACAUGCCCAUAGUAUUUAAACUUUCAUAUCCAAGGUGCAUCAGCAUUAUAGACUGUUUUGAAGUAUUUAUCCAAAGACCAGCAAAUUUAACUGCAAGGGCACAAACCUGGUCGAAUUAUAAACAUCACAACACAAUCAAGUUUUUAGUGUCCAUAACACCUACCGGUGCAAUAUCAUUUGUGUCAAAAGCCUUUGGAGGUAGAACGUCCGACAAAGUUAUAACUCAGCGCAGUGGUUUUUUGGAUAAAUUAGAGCAUGGGGACCAAGUUCUAGCAGACCGAGGUUUUUUAAUUGCAGAGGAGUUAGCCAGUCGCCAUGCAUCAUUAGUAAUUCCUGCUUUCACCAAAGGUAAAUCCCAACUAAGUGCAAAAGAAGUUGAACAGACAAGAAAAAUUGCCCAUGUGCGCAUUCAUGUGGAGAGGGCAAUCGAACAGUUAAAAAACUUCAACAUUUUAAGUAGUAAUAUGAGCAUUUAUUUGGUGCCUCAUUCAGACAGUAUUGUUACAUUAUGUUCAGCAGUGUGUAAUUUACAUCCUAAACUUGUGUCUUGA